UCGGGGGAGGGGGGUCACAAGUCAUAUGGACCACCCCCGUAUAAUCUGUUUAACGGUGGUGUUUCUGAACCACGUGUCUUUCGCAGGUAGGCGCAUCUCUUUUAGUUGUUGUUAAUGCACUGCAUAGCGCAACGCGCGUAAGGCUGCCAACGCUGCAGCGAACAAGGAAGGCGCGAGCUGGUCUAUUUAAACGCGGCGGUCAUCCCGUCGACGUCCCACUGUAGAGACGGCGCGUGCUCGUCGGAUGUCACGAUGUUCUCCCUUGCAGCCGCCAGUGAUGCUGGGACACAGCAAGAACACAGCCCGGAGAAGAGUACUCAGAGGGGCGCAAAGCCUGUGGACAAGGCGGCCCUGACGGGCGCCACCAACGGCCGCCCCAAGUUCUGUUGGCUCCUACGUCGCCGAUGCUCGACCCAACUUCCAUAUCGUGAGUGUUUUCGACGCGUGCGAGGAAACCUGGAGGCGCCCGGAGGAAACCCGCACGCGGUGCGGUCACCCGCGCUGGACUUCUUCCGCGCCAACCGCGCUAAAAUCGAGAUACGCUCAAUCCCCGUACAUGGCGUGAAUGGACCCACUUGCUGUGCUGCCACCCGUGGCGGGCACGGAGGGAGUUUUACGAAGGUGUGUUCCGCCAACCCUCGCAGCCUGCACAGUGCAGGAUCACAGGCCACGUGCAGCAGGGCCACCAGCGCCCAGCCGAUGGUAACGACGCGAAUGAUGGCACCCUGCACCUGGGCCAUCUACGUACGUCUGUGUGUUGGACUUCUUUCGCGCCGUACGCAGUCAGCCGUGCUAAUCGGGAGGUGCCGGGGGAAGGGCAACAAACGGAACAACAAAAAGCGAUUCCCGAAGAAAUGAGCUCGUCAAUCUCGACGAUUUUUAAAGUGCACAGCCCCGGCGGAAGAGUGUUCCAGACGGCCGCAGGGCGCGCGUCUGAGAGCGCGCGACGCGGGCGACCGUCUUCGUGCGGAGUUGGCGUGAUGACGGCUCAUGCUCCUUGACGAGAUUCAGCGAGGGCGUUGCAGCUCGCUUGCGGCGAGCACUGUUUGCGCAAUGAGCGCGAUCCGAUGACAGUGUGUUUGGUCAGCAAUGCAGCUCUGCGAGCACUGGACGGACGCGGUCGGACCUUGCAGCGCCCGUCACGACGCGUGCCAGAGAACGAAUGUCCAUGUUGCCGCCUGUGUUCCAUGGACUUCAGUGUUCACCCGACGCAAUGCUUAGCCUCGCACAUCAGUUUCACGUGCGCCGUACGCUACGAAGAAGUGCCGUUGGCCCCCAAAGAGGUCGCCUGUUAUAUAAUUUUCUCUUUAGGCCACAGUGUUAUUAUUGACGAAAGUGUUGAGCCGUUGUUGUUGUUGCUAAUUAUGAGGGCGCAUAUAGGUCGCGUACAAUCACACUCAGCAAAUGAAGGCAGCGGAGCGUUUUUUGACCCAUUCGCUAAUGUUACAAAAUAAAUCCCUUAGUGGUAGUCAUCGUUACCGACAGACGUGUCACGUUUUGCAUUACAAAGUUGCUCCUGCUCGCUCAAUUCCACAGUCCGCGCUGUGCCUAUCACUCGCCUUUGCUCGCAUUGGCUCCACGGCCAAAAGAAAAAUCGAUGUGGUUCGUUAUAUCGGCUCGAUAUCUAUCUUUCUCCCGACGACGCGGUGGAAAUUUUCUGAAUCGCAUUAAAAUAACUAAAUCACACUCGCGGCGAAACUGUAUUGGCAAUGGCGUAUCCACUGCGCCCUUGCUCUGGACGGGAAUAAUCCAACUCUUGAUUCGUGUUUCUUUUAAAGGCGGCUCGUCGUGAGCAGCGCUCUCAUGUCUCUCCUGGACGUCUGUGACAAAGAGCUUCAUGGCUCAUCGGAUUUGGAAUUAAUAAAUACUGAUUCUGAUGUUUCAAAUAUAAUC